AUGGCCACCCCCAAUGUUCUUACCUUUGACGCUGAGGGGAGGGCCAUUGACUUUGCCGUCUGGAUUGAAGACCUGCAGCUGUAUUUACUGUGUGAUGCGAUAGAUGAGGUCUCUCUCUUUGACUUUGUCUCUGGCGCUGUCCCUGCCCCACCUGCUGAUGCUGACUCUGCCGUUCGCUCCAAGUGGGCGACCCGCGAUGCUGCUGCACGUCUUGCUGUGCUUGCACGCUACUCCUCCCCUUCCUCCGCUACCCUUAGCCGCCUCAUGCUACCGUUUCUCUUCCCUGACCUCGCUUCCUUUCCCACAGUCGCUGACCUCGUUACCCACCUCCGUGCUAGUGACACCCGCUACCGCGCUGCCCUUCCUGCUGAGUUCCGCGCUGCGAACCCCCCUCCCAUGUACAUCACUCUCUACUUUCUCGUCACCCGUCUCCCUGAGUCCCUUCGUGCCGUUAGGGACCAGUUUCUCUCUGUCUGUCCCACCACUCUCACUGUCGACCUCCUUGAGGAGUCCCUGCUAGCGGCUGAGAAGAGUAUUGUCGCUGUAGGGGCCUCUCGGGGUGACCCUCGCACCCCCAUCUUUGAGGGGUGUGGUCCUUCCCCCCUGCUGCCCUCUGUCGCCUCUGCCGCUGCGGCCGACCUCACUGGUUUUGAGUCGGUCGGCGCGGCGUCUGCCCCCAGCGGCAGACGCCGCACUGGCAAGGGCAAGGGGGGCAAGGGAGCGGGUGGGGCUAGAGGGGGCGGUGGAGGAGGCGGUGGGGGUGGCGGGGGGAGUGGGGGUGGCGGUGGGGGUGGUGGCGCAAGUGGAGGUACUGGUGGCGGCGGUGGAGGCGGAGGUGGCGGCGGAGGUGGUAGUGGAGGAGGCGGUGGGAGCGGUGGGAGCGACGGUCCUGGUGGGGGAGGUGGAGGUGGAGACGGGGGUGGCGGUGGAGGCGGGGGUGGCAGUGGAGGCGGGGGUCGGAGUGGCUCGUCCCAGCGGAGCAGCUCCGGGGGUGGUUAG